AAGAUUGUUCACAACCAUUACAAGCAUUGUUGUACAGGCUCUCUGGUGAUUACAAUCCCUUGCAUUCAGAUCCUAUGGUUGCAGAAGUUGCAGGGUUUUCUCGACCUAUAUUGCAUGGGCUAUGCACACUUGGGUUUGCUAUCAGGGCUAUCAUUAAGUGUGUCUGUAGAGGAAACACAAACAUGAUAAAGGGUAUUUCUGGCAGAUUUUUAUUACACGUGUACCCUGGGGAAAACAUAGUAACAGAAAUGUGGCUUGAAGGUUUGAGGGUCAUAUAUCAGGUGAAGGUGAAAGAGCGUAAUAAGGCAGUGC